UCUGGGAACAAUGUGCAAAAAUAUUUUCAAAUCAGAGUGCUUGCUUUAAGUGUCAACAAAAUAGUAGACACAAAUGUUCAAUUGUUUAGUCAAAAAUUAAACUUCAAACCUGUCGUGUUGGUAGGCAUUUUGUUAAAAUAGUUCCAUUUCUUCUUGACUUUUUGACUCUUGCGGAGGGUUCAAGAUGGUCUACCUAAGUCGUCCUUGGACUCCUGCCGUGAAUCCUUUCUACAUUGGCCCCUAUCCGAGAUGCGCCGUUUGCCCAUGUGACUUUGACAUUUAUAAGGGAUACACUCCCGGGGGCUGGCACAGCCAAUGUUACCACAGCUAUUAAUAAGGAACCGCUGCCGAAGAGUCAAGAAGAAAAAUCAUCUAAUAAAAAAUAAUUUAGCUUCCUAACGAAA